AUGAGGCAUCUGAUUCUGAUAGGUCAGACAUGGCAUCAUGGCUAGUAGUGUAUCCUGUCUGUACCAAGCCAGUGUGUGUGUGUGUGUGUGUGUGUGUGUGUACAGUGGGUAUCAUAAGUAUUCACCCCCUUUGUUUAGGCAAGCCUAAAUUAGUUGACUAGUAACAUUUGUCUUAACAAAUCACAUACGUUACAUGGACUCACUCUGUGUGAAAUAAUAGCGGUUAACAUGAUUUUUGAAUGACUACCCCUUCCUCUGUCCCCCAUACAUACAACAUCUGUAAGGUCGCUCAGUCUAUUAUUGAAUUUCAAGCACAUAUUCAACUACAAAGACCAGGGAGCUUUUAGAAAGCCUCAUAAAGAAGGGCAGUGAUUGGUAGAUGGGUAACAAUAACACAUCAGACAUAGAAUAUCUCUAAGCAUUGUCAAGUUAAUAAUUAUGCUGUGGAUUAUAUAUUUAACCACCCAGACACAUCAAAGAUACAGUCGUCCUUCUGAACUGAGCUGCAGGAGAGGAAGGAAACUGCUCAGGGAUGUCACUGGCUGUGAUAGGGGAAAACUGAGGAUGGAUCAACAACAUUGUAGUGACUCCACAAUAAUGACCUAAACAACAGAGUGAAAAUAAGAAUACAAAUAUACAGAAUACAAAUAUUCCAAAACAUGCAUUCUGUAUGCAACAAGGCACUAAAGUUAUACAGCAAAGGAAUACACUUUUUGUCCUAAAUGCAAAGCCUUACGUUUGGGCAAAUCCAACACAACACUGAGUAACUGCCACCUUUUUUUCAAGCAUGGUGGUGGCUGCAUCAUGGUAUGGGUAUGUUUGACAUCGCCAAAGACUGGGGAGUUUUUCAGGAUGAAAAGAAACGGGAUGGAGCUAAGCACAGGCAAAAUCCUAGAGGAAAACCUGCUUCAGUCUGCUUUCCACCAGACACUGGGAGAGAAAUGCACCUUUCAGCAGGACAAUAACCUACAACACAAGGCCAAAUCUACACUGGAGUUGCUUACCAAGAAGACGGUGAAUGCUCCUGAGUGGCCAAGUUACAGUUUUGACUUAAAUCUGGUUGAAAAACUAUGGCAAGACUUGACAAUUGCUGUAGCCAUAACCCCCAACUCCUUGACAGAGCUAUAUUGCACAAUCCAGGUGUGCAAAGCUCUUAGAGACUAAACAGAGAAGACUGACAGCUGUAAUCACUACUAAAGGCGUUUCUACCAUGUAUUGACUCAGGGGGGUGAAUACUAAUCAAGGUAUAUUCAUUUUUCAAUUUCCAUUACUUUUUAAGAAAUAUUUCGAAUUAUUUUGUGUAGAUCGUGAUUUUGUGUAAAAUGUGAAGAAAUCCAAGGGGAGUGAAUACUUACGAUACCCACUGUAUGUGUGUGUAUAUGUGUGUGUGUGUGUAUGUGUAUGUGUGUGUGUGUGUAUGUGUAUGUGUGUGUGUGUAUGCGUGUGUGUGUGCAUGUGCAUGUGUGUACAAAGACCUAGUGUUCUCUCCAUGGUACUGUACAGUACCCGCAAUGACAUGACGCUGCCAGUCCAAUGCAGUGGUGGUGAAACAAAUGGGACCCUAUUACCUUCGUAGUGCACUUCUUUUGACCAGGGCCCAUAGUGUAUUGGUAAUGAACUAUAUAGGGAAUAGGGUGCCAUUUAGAAUGACAUCAGGGUUGUGUAACUAUAAUUCCAUUGUGAAAUCUCAAUCAUGACAUUGUUUACCAUGCCCCUUCCCUACCCAAUCUCUUUUAUUCUGUCUGACUGUGCCAAGCAUCUCUCAGUCUCUGCCUCUCUGUCUCUCUGUCUCUCUGUCUCUCUCUCUCUCUCUCUCUCUCUCUCUCUCUCUCUCUCUCUCUCUCUCUCUCUCUCUCUCUCUCUCUCUCUCUCUCUCUCUCUCUCUCAUAGAAGAGCUAUUCACACACUUAUCUCUGUCCUGUUUUGGGGGUAAAGUAGGGAGUGUACUGUGCUGCUGUGUAAACCAGGCAUCCCGAAUUGCACCCUGUUCACUAAAUAUUGCACUACUUUUGACCGGGGCCCAUAGGGAGUAGGGUUUAUUUUGGGAUGCAGCCUGUGUGUUCCUGUUCUGUUCCUGAAGAAGGCAAACUGCUGCGAGGGACAGACGGUUGUCUUGGUAACCCCUGGAAACACUCUCUGUCCUAGUCUGCCCUUCUGUUCUUUCUGUUCUUUUUCAUUCUGUGACCCCCUCCCUCCCUCCCUCCCUCCUCCCUCCCUCCAUCCUCUCUGUGACCCCCCUCCCUCCCUCCCUCCCUCCCUCCCUCCCUCCCUCCCUCCCUCCCUCCAUCCUCUCUGUGACCCCCCUCCCUCCCUCCCUCCCUCCCUCCCUCCCUCCCUCCCUCCCUCCCUCCCUCCUUCCCUCCCUCCAUCCUCUCUGUGACCCCCCUCCCUCCCUCCCUCCCUCCCUCCCUCCCUCCCUCCCUCCAUCCCUCCCUCCCUCCCUCCCUCCCUCCUCUCUGUGACCCCAUCCCUCCCUCCUCCCCCUCCCUCCCUCCCUCCCUCCCUCCCUCCCUCCCCCUCCCCCUCCCUCCCUCCCUCCCUCCCCUCCCUCCUCCCUCCCUCCCCUCCCUCCCUCCAUCCCUCCCUCCCUCCCUCCCUCCCUCCCUCCCUCCCUCCCUCCCUCCCUCCUCUCUGUGACCCCCCUCCCUCCCUCCCUCCCUCCCUCCUCCCUCCCUCCCUCCCUCCCUCCCUCCCUCCCUCCAUCCCCCUCCCUCCCUCCCUCCCUCCCUCCCUCCCUCCAUCCUCUCUGUGACCCCCAUCCCUCCCUCCCCCCUCCCUCCCUCCCUCCCUCCCCCUCCCUCCCUCCCUCCCUCCCGUCCCUCCCUCCCUCCCUCCCUCCCUCCCUCCCUCCCUCCAUCCAUCCUCUCUGUGACCCCUCCAUCCAUCCCUCCCUCCCUCCCCCCCUCCCUCCCCCCUCCCUCCCUCCCUCCCUCCCUCCCUCCAUCCUCUCUUCAGUGAAGUUCACGUCACCCUCUCUCUGUGUUCAUCAAAUUAAAAUCAAAUCAAAGUUUAUUGGUUGUGUACACGGUUUGGCAGAUGUUAUAGCAGCUGCAACCAAAUGCUUGUGUUACUAGCUCCAGUCAAUGCAGUAAAAAUGUCAAACAAGUACACAAAUAAUAUUCAAAAACUGAAGGACAAGAAAUCACGAAUAUCAUGACGAAUCCAUUUAACAACCCAAAUAACACUGUAUAAGUAAUCCAAAUGCAAUCUACUGCAUGUUAUAUACACCAACAAGAUAUACUAAGAAUGAAAUGUACAGCAGUAGAUAUAUUACAGUGAGCUAUGACCAGAGAAGUAUAUGCAGUACCAGUCAAAAGUUUGGACACACCUACUCAUUCAAGGGGUUUUCUUUAUUUUUACUAUUUUCUACAUUGUAGAAUAAUAGUGAAGACAUCAAAACUAUGAAAUAACACAUAUGGAAUCAUGUAGUAACCAAUAAAGUGUUAAACAAAUCAAAAUAUAUUUUAUAUUUGAGAUUCUACAAAGUAGCCACCCUUUGCCUUGAUUACAGCUUUGCACACUCUUAGCAUUCUCUCAACCAGCUUCAUGAGGUAGUCAACUGGAAUGCAUUUCAAUUAACAGUGCCUUCUUAAAAGUUAAUUUGUGGAAUUUCUUUCCUUCUUAAUGCGUUUGAGCCAUUUAGUUGUGUUGUGACAAGGUAGGGGUGGUAUACAGAAGAUAGCCCUAUUUGGUAAAAGACCAAGUCCAUAUUAUGGCAAGAACAGCUCAAAUAAGCAAAGAGAAACGACAGUCCAUCAUUACUUUAAGACAUGAAGGUCAGUCAAUCUGGAGAAAUUCAAGAACUUUUCAAGUUUCUUCAAGUGCAGUCGCAAAAACCAUCUACCGCUAUGAUGAAACUGGCUCUCAUGAGGACCGCCACAGGAAAGGAAGACCCAGAGUUACCUCUGCAGCAGAGGAUAAGUUUGUUAGAGUUAACUGCACCUCAGAUUGCAGCCCAAAUAAAUGCUUCACAGAGUUCAAGUAACAGACACAUCUCAACAUCAACUGUUCAGAGGAGACUGCGUGAAUCAGGCCUUUCGAAUUGCUGCAAAGAAACCACUACUAAAGGACACCGAUAAGAAGAAGAGACUUGCUUUGGCCAAGAAACACGAGCAAUGGACAUUAGACUGGUGGAAAUCUGUCCUUUGGCUGAUGAGUCCAAAUUUGAGAUUUUUGGUUCCAACCGCCGUGGCUUUGUAAGACGCAGAGUAGGUGAACGGAUGAUCUCUGCAUGUGUGGUUCACACCACUAAGCAUGGAGGAGGAGGUGUGAUGACGUGGGGGUGCUUUGCUGGUGACACUGUCUGUGAUUUAUUUAGAAUUCAAGGCACACUUAACCAGAAUGGCUACCACAGCAUUCUGCAGCGAUACGCCAUCCCAUCUGGUUUGCGCUUAAAGGGACUAUCAUUUGUUUUUCAACAGGGAAAUGACCCAAAACACACCUACAGGCAGUGUAAGGGCUAUUUGACCAAGAAGGAGAGUGAUGGAGUACUGCAUCAGAUUACCUGGCCUCCACAAUCACCCGACCUCAACCCAAUUGAGAUGGUUUGGGAUGAAUUGGACCGCAGAGUGAAGGAAAAGCAGCCAAGAAGUGCUCAGCAUAUGUGGGAACUCCUUCAAGACUAUUGGAAAAGCAUUCCUCAUGAAGCUGGUUGAGAGAAUGCCAAGAGUGUGCAAAGCUGUCAUCAAGGCAAAGGGUGGCUACUUUGAAGAAUCUAAAAUCUAAAAUAUAUUUUAAUUUGUUUAACACCUGCUGCUCACCUGCAGCUCACCUCUUCUCUCAGUUCUCUUCACCCACUUUCUGUGUUCAUUCACCUCUCUGUGUGUCUUCUCUGUGUUCAUUCACCUCUCCUCCCCGGCUCACCUCUGAGUUUACUUCACCCUCUCUAUGUUUCAUUUGCUUCCUUUUUCCCUCUCUCUCUAGACGAGAACCUGUAGAGAUCGAGAGAGAGGGAGAUCGAGAGAUUACUCGUCUCUCUCGUCUAUCCCUUCUCUCUCUCUCGCGUCUCAUCCCUCUCUCGCUUCUCUCUCUCUCUCUCUCUCUCUCUCUCUCUCUCUCUCUCUCUCUCUCUCUCUCUCUCUCUCUCUCUCUCUCUCCCCCUCUCUCACCAUGGUCUGAUGAUGAACACCACGGUCUGAUGAUGAACACCACGGUCUGAUGAGAACGGGUCUGAUGAUGAUGAACACCAAGGCAUGAUGAUGAACACCACGGCCUGAUGAUGAACACCACGGCCUGAUGAUGAACACCAAGGCCUGAUGAUGAACACCACGGUCUGAUGAUGAACACCACGGCCUGAUGAUGAACACCACGGCCUGAUGAUGAACACCACGGCCUGAUGAUGAACACCACGGUCUGAUGAGAACGGGUCUGAUGAUGAUGAACACCAAGGCCUGAUGAUGAACACCACGGCCUGAUGAUGAACACCACGGUCUGAUGAUGAACACCACGGUCUGAUGAGAACGGGUCUGAUGAUGAUGAACACCAAGGCAUGAUGAUGAACACCACAGUCUGAUGAUGAACACCACGGCCUGAUGAUGAACACCACGGCCUGAUGAUGAACACCACGGCCUGAUGAUGAACACCACGGCCUGAUCAUGAACCCCACGGCCUGAUGAGAACAGGUCUGAUGAUGAUGAACACCACGGCCUGAUGAUGAACACCACGGUCUGAUGAGAAUGGGUCUGAUGAUGAUGAACACCAAGGCCUGAUGAUGAACACCACGGCCUGAUGAUGAACACCACGGCCUGAUGAUGAACACCAAGGCCUGAUGAUGAACACCACGGUCUGAUGAUGAACACCACGGCCUGAUGAUGAACACCAAGGCCUGAUGAUGAACACCACGGCCUGAUGAUGAACACCACGGCCUGAUGAUGAACACCAAGGCCUGAUGAUGAACACCACGGCCUGAUGAUGAACACCACGGCCUGAUGAUGAACACCACGGCCUGAUGAUGAACACCACGGCCUGAUGAUGAACACCAAGGCCUGAUGAUGAACACCAAGGCAUGAUGAUGAACACCACAGUCUGAUGAUGAACACCACGGUCUGAUGAUGAACACCACGGUCUGAUGAGAACGGGUCUGAUGAUGAUGAACACCAAGGCCUGAUGAUGAACACCACGGCCUGAUGAUGAACACCACGGCCUGAUGAUGAACACCACGGUCUGAUGAUGAACACCACGGUCUGAUGAUGAACACCACGGUCUGAUGAGAACGGGUCUGAUGAUGAUGAACACCACGGCCUGAUGAUGAACACCACGGCCUGAUGAUGAACACCACGGUCUGAUGAUGAACACCACGGUCUGAUGAGAACGGGUCUGAUGAUGAUGAACACCAAGGCAUGAUGAUGAACACCACGGCCUGAUGAUGAACACCACGGCCUGAUGAUGAACACCACGGUCUGAUGAUGAACACCACGGUCUGAUGAGAACGGGUCUGAUGAUGAUGAACACCAAGGCCUGAUGAUGAACACCACGGCCUGAUGAUGAACACCACGGUCUGAUGAUGAACACCACGGUCUGAUGAUGAACACCACGGCCUGAUGAGUACGGGUCUGAUGAUGAACACAACGUCCUGAUGAGUACGGGUCUGAUGAGAACGGGUCUGAGGAUGAACACCACGUCCUGAUGAGUACGGGUCUGAUGAGUACGGGUCUGAUGAUGAACACCAUGGUCUGAUGAGUACGGGUCUGAUGAGUACGGGUCUGAUGAUGAACACCACGUCCUGAUGAGUACGGGUCUGAUGAUGAACACCACGGCCUAAUGAGAACGGGUCUGAUGAGUACGGGUCUGAUGAUGAACACCACGUCCUGAUGAGUACGGGUCUGAUGAUGAACACCACGUCCUGAUGAGUACGGGUCUGAUGAUGAACACCACGUCCUGAUGAGUACGGGUCUGAUGAUGAACACCACAUCCUGAUGAGUACGGGUCUGAUGAUGAACACCACGUCCUGAUGAGAACGGGUCUGAUGAUGAACACCACGGCCUAAUGAGAACGGGUCUGAUGAGUACGGGUCUGAUGAUGAACACCACGUCCUGAUGAGUACGGGUCUGAUGAUGAACACCACGUCCUGAUGAGUACGGGUCUGAUGAUGAACACCACGUCCUGAUGUGUACGGGUCUGAUGAUGAACACCACAUCCUGAUGAGUACGGGUCUGAUGAUGAACACCACGUCCUGAUGAGUACGGGUCUGAUGAUGAUGAACACCUUGGCCUGAUGAGAACGUGUCUGAUGAAUACUGGUCUGAUGAUGAACACCAAGGUCUGAUGAGUACGGGUCUGAUGAUGAACACCACGGCCUGAUGAGAACGGGUCUGAUGAUGAACACCAAGACCUGAUGAGUAUGGGUCUGAUGAUGAACACCAUGGCCUGAUGAGAACGGGUCUGAUGAAUACGGGUCUGAUGAUGAACACCACGGUCUGAUGAGUACGGGUCUGAUGAUGAUGAACACCACGGCCUGAUGAGAACGGGUCUGAUGAAUACGGGUCUGAUGAUGAACACCACGGUCUGAUGAGUACGGGUCUGAUGAUGAACACCACGGCUGAUGAGAACGGGUCUGAUGAGAACGGGUCUGAUGAUGAACACCACAGCCUGAUGGGAAACGAACUCACAACCCUGGCGUUGCUAGCGCCAUGCUCUACCAACUGAGCUACAGGGGAAACACACAGAGGUGUUGCGUAGUCACUUUACCCCUACCUAUAUGUACAAACCUACCUCAGUUACCUCGUACCCCUCCCUGCACAUCCACUCAGUACUGGUACUCCCUGUAUAUAUCCAUUUUUAUGGUACCCCCGAUAUAGCCAGACUGACCCCUGCACAUCGACUCAGUACUGGUACUCCUGUAUAUACCCAAUGUUAUUACCUGGUCCCCUCCGCAAUCGACUAUAUGGACCCAUGUAUAUAUCCGUUAACGGUACCCCUGAUAUAGCAUGAAACCCUUUACUGCACAUCCCGUACUGGAUCCUGUAUAUAGCCAUGUUAUUAUACAUGUACUCACACUGGUAUAUAGCCAUGUUCUUACCUGUAUGCACAUCACCAGUCUGUUUGUAUAUAUCCAUGUUAUUACCUGGUAAUCCCUGUAUAUAGCCAUGUUAUUACUCGUACCCCUGCACAUCCACUCAGUACUGGUACUCCCUGUAUAUAGCAUGGUAUUACUGUACCCCUGCAACAUCACUAGUACUGGUACUUCCUGUAUAUCCAUGUUAUUACCUCGUACCCCCUGAACAUCGACUCAGUAUGGAUUCCUGUAUAUCCCCAUGUUAUCCCUGUACCCCCCCCUGACACGACUCAGUAGGUACUCCUGUUAAUCCUGUUUUUACUCGUACCCCCCCCUGCAAUCGAUCAGUAUGGUAUUUCCGUAAUAUCCUGUAUUACUGGUACUCCCUGAUAUAUCAAUGUUAUUAUGGUAUUUUCCCUGUAUAUACCCAGUUAUUACUGUCCCCCUCCCCACAUCGACUCAGUGGGGUUUUCCCCCUGUAAAUUCCAUGUUAUUACCUGGACCCCCUGAAUGCCAUGUUAUACCUGGUACUCCCUGUAUAUAUCCAUGUUAUUACCUGGUACUCCCUGUAUAUAUCCAUGUUAUUACCUGGUACUCCCUGUAUAUAGCCAUGUUAUUACCUUGUACCCCUGCACAUCCACUCAGUGCUGGUACUCCCUGUAUAUAGCCAUGGUAUUACCUUGUACUCCCUGUAUAUAGCCAUGUUAUUACCUUGUACUCCCUGUAUAGCCAUGGUAUUACCUAGUACUCCCUGUAUAGCCAUGAUAUUUUUUAGUAGUUAUUGUUGUUCGUUAUUCACUGUGUGUUUAAGGGUGGCGGGUAGCCUGGCGGUUACAGCAUUGGGCCAAUAACUGAAAGGUCGCUGGUUCUACAGUUUUUUACAAUCACUUUGGCACUAAUUUCAGAACCUUGACGUCAUUUUUCAAAACUCUAGACACAAAACUCAAAACGGUCAUCACUUGUAACACAGGCUGUCCCAAUGUUCAAAACAUUGCAUUGUGCAUUCAUAUCUUUAAAGAAAUCUUACACUUGCACAAUCAUUGAUUCAAAAUACCAAAUGUAUUGUGAAAUACCAAUGAAACGUUAAUUUAGAUCACCCACACACAAGCAACCGAUAGUUUCACUGUGUCAUUGUUCAUACAAUCAUUAAAUAUUGUAGUACAAAAUAGGUGAUACAUGUUUCAUUAUGGUACUACAUGUAAAUACAUCCCUGUAAAAGUACUGCAGUAGUAGAGAGAAUACUACAGACACAGUGGAAUCAUUGAACAAAAUCUGAGAUAUAUUGAUGAAAAACAAUACAGUACUGUAAAACAUCAACUUGCUUGCUUGUACUAUAAAAAGCAAAACGUAGGAGUGAUUACUGUACUUCUACAUUUUCAUCAACUCUGUCUUGUGGAUUUGGCCACAGGUUCUCAUCUACAUCACAAUGGAUGUUUUCAUUAGCCAAACAUCUUGGAAAAAACCUUUGGCCAAUGGCGAAUCCAGGCCUGACACUGGUCUGCCGUGAUGUCAUUGCAUGCGUCAUCCAUGGCCUGGAGAAGAGUGACUUGUUCAUGAGGGCACCUAUCAUAAACCUUCCAUCUCCAUGUGGAGAGAAAUUCCUCAAUCGGGUUAAGGAAAGGAGAGUAUGGGGGUAAAUACAGGGUGGUAAAUUGUGCAUGGGCCUGAAACCAUGCUUGCACCAUAUGAGCAUGGUGGGACCUGACAUUAUCCCACACAAUGACAUAGGUCACGCCAUCAGCUCUACAGACCUGAUCGAGCAGGUUACAAGGGAACCAUAGAAACGGUGUCUGAUAGAGAAUGAUGAUGAAAUAUUACAUCCAUAGAUAAUGUAGUCUAAUUGGUUCAUGCUCCACGCUAAUUGGUGACAGUGAAUCUCGUUACUUUGAAACUUUCAUGAUCUAAACAUGGAAUAUAUUUUGUCUGUUUCCAUACAACUAUGCAUUAAGAGCAAUGCAACAGGUACUUUUCAUUUUGAGCAGUUGUAUCAAUUGAUAGUUGGAUAAUUGUAAUGAAAUGAAUAGACACUCAUCUGAAAUGUAAUGUGUGAAUUGCCUUUUGAAAUAGUAGUACAUUGAUGUUAAGUUGUGUCAUAUUGAACAGGUGAUUUUUGUUAAAUGAACAAAUGAUCUUAGUUUUAUGUGUAUUGUAUCCAAGCAAUUGAAAAAAGUGUUAGAGUUUUGAAAAAAUGUGCAUUUUGAUCAUUGGUUGUGAGUUUUGUGUCUAGAGUUUUGAAAAAUGACGUCAAGGUUCUGAAAUUAGUGCCAAAGCGAUUAAAAAAAACUGUAAUACCCGAGCCGACAAGGUGAAAUUCUCUCAAUGUGCCCUUGAGCAAGGCACUGAACCCUAGUUUGUUCCAGUGGUGCUGUACUACUAUGGUUGACCCUAUAAAACAACACAUUCCACUGCACCUAUCCGGUGUAUGUGACAAUACAAAUAUUUAUUUUUAUUUUAUAUGUUACUAUUUUUAUUUUUAUUUAAUUUUUUAAAAAUCUUUAUUUCUAUCUUGAACUCUGCGUUGUUGGAAAAGGACCCGGAAGUAAAAAUAUCACUGUUAGUGUACUGCUGUUGUCUACCAAGCACGGGACAAAGAACAUUUGAUCUGAUUUAUUACAUAAGAUAUGACAAUGUCUGUGUCCCAAUAUGCACCCCAUUCUCACUGUACUGUACUGUACCACACACACACACACACACACACAGUGUAUGUCUGUGUGUGUGUGUGUGUGUGUGUGUGUGUGUGUGUGUGUGUGUGUGUGUGUGUAUGCGUGUGUGUGUUUGCGUGCGUGUGUGUGUGUAUGUGUGUGUGUGUGUGCGUGUGUGUGUGUGUGUGUGUGCGUGUGUGUGCGUGCGUGCGUGCGUGCGCGCGUGUGUGUGCGUGUGCGUGCGUGCGUGCGCGCGUGCGUAUGCGUGAGUGUGAGUGUGUGAGUGUGAGUGUGUGUGUGCGCGUGCGCGUGCGUGCGCGUGCGUGCGCGUGCGCGUGCACGUGUGUGUGUGUGUGUGUGUGUGCGUGUGCGUGUGCGUGUGCAGUACAGUGGUGGCCAAUCUGGCAAAUCCUCUGAGUUUGGGUAAGGAGGGAUAAUCGGUUUUGACAGGAAAUUGCCAGAAGAAGAACACAAUGUCUAAAGGCUAUUAUGUGGGAGGUUCCACAUUCACUGGAAGACAGGAGUGAUUACUGGAUAUGUCCAACAUCUUUGGGACCAUAGAGAUGCUAUAAACAGACCAUAGACUGUUCCAUUUAAUUCUGUGUUUGGGACAGACAGACCCCUUAUUUCCAUCCAACUGUAUGUCUGUAAUGAGUACGAUGUGCUGUCUGUCUGUCUGUGUACUUCUGUAUGCUGACAUGCUGUAUCCCAUAGAAAGAAUGUCCUAAUGGAUACAAACAAAGUAAUCAACCUGUGUUUAGACUUGUCGAUAGGCAGAAAAUACGUCCAGAAUCUUUGAGCCUGACAGUCCCCAGUCCCCCUGUUUCCGUCCAACCUCUGUGUGUUUUGACUUGAGACAGGCAGAGGACGCAGACAGGCCUCAGCGUUGGAGGAAGAAGCUGACCCAGAGCCAGACUGGGACUGGGCCUGGGGGUCAGGAUCACCCUGGUUCUGAUAGUGACCCAGACAGCAUCAGUCGCCAGGCUCUGCUGGAUCAGGUCGGUGGUACCGCAAGAAUUACAGCCUUGGUGGAUACCAUCCAUAUACCAUUACCAAUCAUAUAGAUAAAUGAAUAAAUACAUUUGUAUACAUUUAAAUACAUUUGUCUCUAUGAUACCAAUACGAUUAAUAAUGUAAGAAUAUGUUACUGUAAAAGAAAAAAGAAAUGUAACCGAAACCCAUGAGGUUGUCUUUCUGUCUCUGUGUCUCUCACAGUUUCAUUUUCUACACAGUAGUAUUGUAGGUGUUGAUUUUGAUAUUUUUGUGUUGGACAUCAGCGCCAUCUAGAGGCGUACAGAAACAUGCACCGUCUCAGAGACGUCCUGUACCAUCGAUACUCUGCCAUGCUCAGAGAAAAGAUACACACACAGAGACAGGAGAUACAACGACGUGCGGAGGCAGCUGGGGCAGUCACGGAGGACAAACACACACCGGUAAAGCACAUUCAAAUGUUAUUCAUGUAGGAUUAGGCUUGCAACAUUACAGUAACCUUCCCAAAAUUCCCUGGUUUUCCAUAAAUCCUGGUUGGAAGAUUCCCAAGAUCAGGAUGGAAUAAUCAGGAAAUCCCGAAGCCUACAACCCGGAUUUCUGGAAAUUUUGACAAAUGUACAACCCUAUGUAUGACCAAGUGGACUGAUAACGCACCCUAUGAAACACUAAUGAAACAACCUUAUAAACACACAAAAACACAUGGUAAUUCUGUUUAUUGCUUUCAAUACUUUCAUUCGGUAUUACACACUGAGAUGUAGGUAAGAGAAGUUAUGUAAUACCAGUCGAUCGCCAACAGGGGUCAGUGUCAGGCUACAAAUUAGUCUACCAGGGCUCUCCACCCCUCUUCAUGGAAAGCUACCAUCCCAGGGUUCUACACAAGAUUUUUCCACCUGGUGGCACCAGCACAUGAUUUGGUUUCACCAUUUUAAAAAAUAUAUAAUGACCUGGCCUGUGUCCCAUAAUGUGGCUGCAUUCCAUGCAGAACCAGGCCAAUAAUGACUAGCCAUCUUUUAAAUGAGCAUGUCCUUGUGUUCUUACAGUAAUUUGGAUAGAUUUACUGUAACAGGUCUGGUGUACAGUAGUUACCCUUUAAUUCAGGUGCGUGCCAGCCAGACUGCUGUGUUCGGCUACCAGGUGUUUCUGGGUGUUUCUGUAGCACACUUGUGAUGGAGUUUUCAAAACAAAUGGCAACUGGAUUGAUGCAAAUAAUCAUGAUUGUGCCAGGUAGGCAUAGACUACUUUGUAGUUACCAGGCCUAGAAUUUUGUGAUUUAGGGGCAAGGCCAUUUGGCCUUCAAGAGGAUCCCAAUCUGCCAGGGCAGCAAGGCCAUCUGUCAGGGCAGCAAGGCCAUCUGUCAGGGCACCAAGGCCAUCUGCCAGGGCACCAAGGCCAUCUGCCAGGGCACCAAGGCCAUCUGCCAGGGCACCAAGGCCAUCAGUCAGGGCACCAAGGCCAUCUGCCAGGGCACCAAGGCCAUCUGCCAGGGCAGCAAGGCCAUCUGCCAGGGCACCAAGGCCAUCAGCCAGGGCACCAAGGCCAUCUGUCAGGGCACUAAGGCCAUCUGCCAGGGCACCAAGGCCAUCUGUCAGGGCACCAAGGCCAUCUGUCAGGGUACCAAGGCCAUCUGUCAGGGCACUAAGGCCAUCUGCCAGGGCACCAAGGCCAUCUGCCAGGGCACCAAGGCCAUCUGCCAGGGCACCAAGGCCAUCUGCCAGGGCACCAAGGCCAUCUGCCAGGGCACCAAGGCCAUCUGUCAGGGCACUAAGGCCAUCUGCCAGGGCACCAAGGCCAUCUGUCAGGGCACUAAGGCCAUCUGCCAGGGCACCAAGGCCAUCUGCCAGGGCACCAAGGCCAUCUGUCAGGGCACUAAGGCCAUCUGCCAGGGUACUAAGGCCAUCUGCCAGGGCACUAAGGCCAUCUGCCAGGGCACCAAGGCCAUCUGCCAGGGUACCAAGGCCAUCUGCCAGGGUACCAAGGCCAUCUGCCAGGGUACCAAGGCCAUCUGCCAGGGCACCAAGGCCAUCUGCCAGGGCACCAAGGCUAUUAACCAAAAUAGGCAAUUCAAUUGA